AUGGAGGAUGAAGAAGGCUACACUGUUCUGACCAUCCAGGCUAGAAGGAAUGCUUCAAGAGCUGCUUCUCCUGCUGAGAAACGAGAUGCACCCCGGAAUCCCCGUUGGUACCAGAUCACACUAUGGGUGGCGUGCUUUGGGAUUGUCAUUCUGGUGGCUGUUGUGAUAGCCCUGGUGUUGCAGUUGGAGGCUGAGAAAAGGAAAACUGGGGCUGACUCUUGCCCAGUGAAAAGCAAUUGCUCAUUAGACAGUUUCCAGGCUUCUCUGCGGAGCAGACUCUGCAACCAAAGCCAAGGCAACUCUUCAGUGAAUUCCAUUUGCCAGCUAUGCUCUCCACACUGGCACCUCCACCAGGACAAGUGCUACUGGCUAUCAAAGGAUUUAAAAUCCUGGAAUGAGAGCGAAAGGGACUGCUCAGAGAAGGGGGCUCAGCUGGCGGUGAUCCAAGACGACGAGAAGAUGGAGUUCUUCGAGAAGAUUGCAGAGAAAUUACAUACAUACUGGCUUGGACUCUUCAUUUCUUCAUCAGAGAAGAAAUGGGUGUGGAUUACAGGUCAUGAGUUUGACCAGAAUCUAUUGCAAGAACCACCAAGCUUUUCUGGAAAUGAAAACUGUGGAGGAAUAAAAAGCAGCAAAAUCACAUCUGACAUCUGCACUGCUGUACGCAGGUGGAUUUGCCAGAAAGAUCCCAUUUUGUUAUGA